GCUCUCUCUGUCUCUCUCCCUCCCUCGCUCUCUCUCUGUCUCUCUCCCUCGCACUCUGUCUCUGUCUCUCUCCCUCUCUCUCUGUCUCCCUCCCUCGCUCUCUCUCUCUGUCUCUCUCCCUCUCUCUCUCUCUGUCUCUCUCAAUCCCUCGCUCUCUCGGUAAUGUUGUUGUGUAUAAAGUGGUGACUGUUGCAUUUGUUUUAUCUGGAUUCCGUAGAUAAUUCUCUAAUGGACGGAUGAGACCAAAAGGAUGACUGGCUGGACUAUCCGAUUACUCAGUUUGCUGGUAUUGCUGUUCUUGGUGAUGUCUUCAAAAGGUAAUCUAUAAUUUCACCGACAUAUUGACCACACAAAGACACAAUCAGCAUUUGUUUAAAACAAGAAAACACGUUAAAGGCACACUCCAAGCACCAUAACCACUACAGCCUUCUACCGAGAAUAUAGUGCCAGCAAUGCCCACCAGUAAGUAUUCAAACAGUUUGACUAUGGUUUGAUAACUAACCCGGGUUCCACCAAAUGCCAGCGACCCCAUUCCCUACAGUGGUAUCCAGAUUGCUCUAUAGAUCAAGGUAGGACCUUUCAGGGUCCCCGUCAUUGGCUGAGAAUGUCAACGAGCACAGUCCUAAAUCAGCUGUGCUUUAUUCUAUAAAUAAGGAUAAGAUCAGAUGCAGCACAGGUGGCUCGGGACCAGGUAAAUUGUCAAACUGUACUAAAGUGGCCCACCUGGCACCAUAACCACUACAGGUAAUGGAUUCAACGCAUCUGGAUAGGAAGCAUUUGAUUGGAGGAGAGCAGCAAUAAUGAUUGCACCCAAGCUCUAUGUACCCAUUAAUUCAACUGAGGCUCGUUUUGGCCUAAUAUUUUAAAAUUGUUCUUCAAAUUCUCUAUUCUAGAAUGUUCCAGUUUGGUAAAUAAACCCAAGGACUUAUAAAUAGACUCCCCCCCCCCCCAAACGUGUUUUAUUAUCUGUCAGAAAUGACACCAUUUACCUAACUAAUGCAGAAUACAUUUACAAAGGACACAAUACUAGAUGUAUUGGUUUUAUAUAAACGGCUCCUGUGAAAUAAUGACAUGUUGCAAUAAAAACGUGAUCAAUAAAUGAAUUGAUCCUGGAGCAGUGUUAUUAUCCACAGCCAAAAAAUGUGGGGCAGGCCCAGUAUAUAGAUUAAUGUCUUAUUUAGUCAUCAUGAAGAAAAGCUUUCACUUUUCUUGAACUGGGUGUGUAAUUUACUACAGUGUAAUUAAAAUAAAAUAAAUGGUCGCCUUUCUUUCUGCUCACAUUAAUUCAGCAGCUCGUCUGCCAGGCGUCACGUAUUUCCCAUUUGGGUAUAAUAAAAGCACAGUAGAUAAAAAACAAAGUGUCUUGUCUGAGAUUUUUAGAAACAAUGUACUUUCAAAGCCCUGCGUUCCAAAAGCACUAGGAAAAUGGUGUUCUGUUUGUACUAUUUUUUUAAAGAGAACAAGGCAAAAAACGGCUUUUCAUUUUCCUUUAUCUGGUAGUUGCGUGUAACGUUUUCAAUCCUGCAUGUUUCAGUCUUUGUACAGAUUGACACUAAGGUGUGAUACAGCCAUCAAGGAAAGGAUGAAUCUUAAAUAAACAAAAUGGUGCCACAGAUGUAGGCAUCGCAGCUCAGUACUUUGUUUAAAGUCAGUAAUGUCCAACAUUUUCUAAUUAAUCUGUCAUUAUGAAUAUUAUUACUGCACACUGCCAUUAGUUUCUAAAGCACUGCCAUUUUGUCUCCCUACCCUCUACUGUGGCCACGGCUCACGAGGUGUUCACCAAGGUUCAUGAGCUACCUCGUUUUGUUCUUUACCUGGACAAUAUCCCGAUACACAUGGCCUCUUACAACCUGCCAUUUUAGCAUUCCGUAUCAGAGGCCGUGUAAGGCCCUGGUAGAUGCACUGACAAUCUAUUAAAUCUUCCACUUGAUCUAUUUGUUCCUUCCAGUGGCCGAUGGCCAGGAUUCUUCACAAUUUACCUCUCUGGUGCUUCUAGUCUCCUCCACCAUCAUCUCAAGUAUUAUUAUUUUUAUGCCACUAGGCCUUUUAGGAAGUUUUCUUCCUUGUUUCUUCAUUUUUCUGAGCCCCAUUGGGGCCACACGACUCCAACCAUCACUCUCUUGUCGAAUUGGCUCAUGUUCAUGGCUUGGAAGGCUAAUGCCUUGACCAACAAGCUUCUCUCGGUUGGUGGCUACUUCACGAUCCUUUAGCCAUGAGGCUUCUAUGGUUCUAAUCCAGAUGUUAUCAUUUUGAUGUUAUUGUGCCCAUUGAUGUAGCUUUUGUCUGGAAGACACUCUGUAUAGUUGUCCACUACCCUCCCUAUGUUUUGAUGUGGGCUCAUGUCAACAAGGCUUGGUUCUCACUGGAGUCAAACUCAUACAGUUUUCGAUAAUUGAGCUUCUAUACUUAUUAUUAUUAUUAUUGCCAUUUAUAUAGCGCCAACAGAUUCCGUAGCGCUUUGCAAUAUUAUCCUUAAUACUUGUGUAUGAAAUCAAAUAUCUUUGUAACUCUCUUCUGGUUUGAACCGUCCGGACAGCACAGAUUGGUAGCAGAUAUGUGACAUUACGACUGAUGCGCUGUACGUAAAUAGCUUCCUACUUGAUGCAUUCAUCAUGGAAACAAGUUCACAACUCUACUUUGAUCUAUUUCUGAAUAUACGAUUCCUCUUUAAGAUCCCAAACGUGAACAUAUUAUCCCAGUACAUUCGCUUCCUGUAAAGUCACCCUUUCUGCUUCCGUAAAUAAAUUGCCCAUUUCCUCAUUAUUUAUUAUAAUGACCUUGCUGCUGUAUUCGCCUCAGAUGGCAGCUGCUAAAUGACAGAAGAGAUAGCUACCUCGUAUAAAACAUUUAUGUAUCGUACUUAAUGGGUUAUAAAGAUAAAUCUAUAAAUCUUUACAGAAAAUGCCAUUUGUUGCACCAGCGAGCCACUUGUCUUUGUAAUUCCCCUGAUACACUUUGUAAGAGGAGAUUGGAAUUCAAACAACACAGAUACAUCACAUCUCGUCCCUUAAUGAGUUUGUAUUCACGAUGUGGAGGGCACCAUUCAGACCACUCUCUGCCCUGUCUGUAGCUGGGCAGAAUCAACAAAAGGUUAUUCACUAAACUCUGACUGUCUCAGAAAUAUUUGCCAGUCUCUAUUUAAAGGACAGCUGUCAUAAAAUGACUUGCAAUAUACAUUUAAUAAAGUGACACUCUGGGCACCAUAACCACUAACACUCAGUGUACAGUUCAAUGCAGUGGCCGUGGUGCAAAGAGACUAGGCUGCUUUUACUUACCACAUAUUUAUUUUAUGUAUAUGUGUGUGUUUGUGUGUUAGUUUGUAUGUCUGUGUUUGUAUGUGUGUUUGUAUGUCUGUGUGUGUUUGUAUAAACACCCCUUUCUAUUCCUUCCCUCCCUCUCCAUUACAUAUCUCAACAUUUCAUAUGAACAAAGAAGGACAGUGUCAUUUUAGGGGUGGAUGAGGUGUGGCCAGGGACGGGACUGUUCUGAGUGUGAGUGUGUGUGUGUGGCCAGGGGCAGCUCUGUUCUGAGGGUUGUAGCCAAAAUUUAGGUGAUUUACUAAUAACAAUGUAUACAAUUAAAAUGUAAUUUAGAACAAGAACAAUGUAUCUUAUUUACACAGACUGAUUUCCAAACACCUUUAUUGUAGUUUACAGACACAUUACUGGGAAUAUUAUUGCUCUGUUAUACACUCAGACACGUUACUGGGAGUAUUAUUGCUGUGGAGCUCUGUUAUACACUCAGACACAUUACUGGGAGUAUUAUUGCCGUGGAGCUCUGUUAUACACUCAGACACAUUACUGGGAGUAUUAUUGCUGUGGAGCUCUGUUAUACACUCAGACACAUUACUGGGAGUAUUAUUGCUGUGGAGCUCUGUUAUACACUCAGACACAUUACUGGGAGUAUUAUUGCUGUGGAGCUCUGUUAUACACUCAGACACAUUACUGGGAGUAUUAUUGCUGUGGAGCUCUGUUAUACACUCAGACACAUUACUGGAGUAUUAUUGCUGUGGAGCUCUGUUAUACACUCAGACACAUUACUGGGAGUAUUAUUGCUGUGGAGCUCUGUUAUACACUCAGACACAUUACUGAGAGUAUUAUUGCUGUGGAGCUCUGUUAUACACUCAGACACAUUACUAGGAGUAUUAUUACUGUGGAGCUCUGUUAUACACUCAGACACGUUACUGGGAGUAUUCUUGCUGUGGAGCUCUGUUAUACACUCAGACACACCAACAAUAUGGAGCUCCUAGAAAAGAAGGACAUUAGGAAAGAAUAGCGGGACAAAGGGAUUUUGGUCAGAAAUAGGGACUGCCUCUCCUAAAUAGGGACACUGAGGAGGUAUGCCAUUACAUAUCCCUUCUCAUGUUAAAGGACCACUAUAGUGCCAGGAAAACAUACUCGUUUUCCUGGCACUAUAGUGCCCUGAGGGAGCUCUUCUCCUCCGAUCCUCCUUCUCUCCUCCCAUUCGGCUGAAUGCGUAUGCGCGGCAAGAGCUGCGCGCGCAUUCAGCCGGUCUCAUAGGAAAGCAUUCAUCAUGCUUUCUUAUGGACGCUUGCGUGCUCUCACUGUGAUUUUCACAGUGAGAAUCACGCAAUCGCCUCUAGCGGCUGUCAAUGAGACAGCCACUAGAGGAUUUGAGGGCUGGAUUAACCCAUUUAUAAACAUAGCAGUUUUCUCUGGGGUUAACCCUAGCUGGACCAGGCACCCAGACCACUUCAUUAAGCUGAAGUGGUCUGGGUACCUAGAGUGGUCCUUUAAACACCCACUUCCGGACGUUCCUUUCACAGGCGUCAACUAUAGGUGUUGCCAGUUGUGGCUUUUUCACACGGUGUGAAAUGAUGACAAUUUAUAAUGCUUGUUAAAUAAAACUACUUUUUUUUUCACAGCCUCUUCUGCCCAUUAUCGGGUUUGCGAGCCGUACACUGACCACAAAGGCCGGUACCAUUUUGGUUUCCACUGUCCGCGUCUGUCUGAUAAUAAAUCCUACAUCCUGUGCUGCUACCACAAUAACUCCAUGUUUAAAUACUGCUGUAACGAGACAGAGUUCCAGAACGUCAUGCAGAUGAACCUCACCAUGGGUUCCGAUGGAUAUAUGCAUAAGUAAGUGAUUAUUGUGAUAUGAUAAGUAACGGUGUGUAAUAUUAAGGGUGCCACAUGGCCACUGGCCACAAUGGAAACAGACUGUCAGUGGGAAUGGUGUUUGAAAAACAUGGGGCAAUUAAAUUUAAAGAUAUUUAGUCUGUGUUAAGUUUGUUAUUUGUGGCAACAAUGAAAAUGGCAAACAUAAUAGAACUACUAUAAAUACAGAGAAUUACAAUGUGCAAGGAAAGUAUCCAUCACGUCAAAUAAUGAGUUAAAACAAGGUAUCAGGGUAUAUUAUCAGAUUGAGAUCAGCUAACGUGCUAAAACAAUUCUAUGAUAUGAGUAUAUUUGUGGAGUUAGGAAAUUGACUAAUAAUUCACUAUCUGAGUUGAAAAUUAAUGAAUUUUUUAUAAAAAUAUAUUAUUACACACACCCUAAAUAUUUCUAAUAAGAUCAAUGCCAGUUGCAUGCUGGAUGGGCCCCCAGGCAAGUGUAACGGAGAGCCCCCCACUUAGCGGAUUGAAAGCCCAUUACUACUACCCAUAUCUAAUGUGAAUGUGUGAUUCGAAUACGUAAUAUUCUACACUCCGUCUGCCUUUUAUAAUAACACAACAUAAGGAUCGGAUGAUGUGCACUAAAACUGGAUGGCCCUCAGCAGACACUCCUCCUGCCCAUACUUGCCCCCACAUGUCAUAGGACAGUCCCAGUUUAGGGCCCUUUGCCUGCCAUUUCAUUGGGGGGGGGGGCAUCCUACUUCUGGGGAGGAAAAUGCAGCGGGUUCUAAGCUACUCAGCACUGUACCAGGUAAUUCCAGGUAAGUUUAGGGGAUUUUUAUAACUUCAGUAUGGCUGGCCACCUUGAUGGGGACAGGUCAUUCACCCUUAUCUGCCAGGCAUGUCACCGAUGACCCAAAUUGCAUCACAGUAAACCUCCAUAUCUCCUGAUCCCAAUCUCAUGUUCACCGAAGUUGGAAAAUGUACAGUUUCCCUGUGUAAUAGACAUUCCCUCUGUCAUCUGCAUACACCAUUUUAAAAAUAGGUUUGUUUUGUAAACAGAAAAUGUAGAUAUAUUUAUCAAUCCAGUGGAAAAAAACAUCUUUUAGUUGGACUGUCCAAUAUAAUUAAACUCAUAUUAUUAUUAUUUUAUUUUCCAAUAUGUUCUGUAAGAUUUAGCCUUUUUACAGCAGAGUUUAAUACAGUGUGGCCCAUCACAAACGUCGAACUACAUCUACCAUGAUGCUUUGCCAGUCGGUAAAAUAUGUGACCUGUUACAGUAUAAGAGAUGGCCUUGGGAAUGGGAUAUUCUAUAAGUAACCAAUGUGCGAGCCUUACUAUAGACAACGAUUCUGCAAUUUUAUUUUUAUUUUCAUCGAGCAUUUGAAAUCUUCCUCAUUUAAUCUUUUGGGAUAAAAACUAGUGAAAACACUGAGAACCGGUCAGGAGUCAACGCUCUCCAGCUGUUUGAUGGGAUUUAGAUGCAGUCCUGGAUUAAAACGCUUGAAAUAUCACUUUAGAGUAAAAUAAUAAAAUCGAAUGUUCCCGCAGAUGCUGUUUGUAUAAUUCUCUAUGAAUAUCCCUGGCUGAAUUGAUUCUGAGGGAGAUUUCCUGACUGUCAGAGACCAAAGGAAAGACUCCUAGAAACAGCUGUUAUUCACUUGAAGCAUGUUUUAUAUUAAACACGUAGAAAAAUAAUAAUUUUAUUAUAAGAUCACAAGGGAGGUUUAACCCCUUGAACUCAUAAGAUUAUAGCCCUGUUUGAGUGUAGGUUAAGUAGUUAGUGGUCCCACCAUUUAGACUAGCUUUACUCAAGUGUAGAGUUUCGAUGGAUAGAUACAAAACCUUCUGACUCACGCACCUUUUAAAAUUUGGACUUUAAGUAUUCCCUGUAGGUUUAUUUCAUUGAAUCAGUGUUGUGAGUGAGUGAAUUAUUGCGUGAGUAAAUGAUUGAUUGAGUGAGUGAGUGAUUGCGUGAGUGAGUGAGUGAGUGAGUCAGUGAAUGAGUGCGUGAGUGAGUGAGUGAAUGAUUACAGGGUGGAUUUAUUAGAUCCGUAGUCCUUGGGGACUGGUUUGGGAAACACUGUAUUCUAUAUUUGUCAAAUUACAGAAAUUUCUUUCAUGGGUGAUCUCAAAUAUUAAAACAUUAUCUCUGCUAUAAUGAAAGACCAGCUGUUUGUGGCGGAUUGUGUGUUUUUAGCCAGUUUGUGUUUGCCGUCACAGCAGGGGGAGUAUUUUGAGAAGGUAACUCAAAUUUUGAGCAGGAUUCUCUUAGCAGGGUAACAGUUUACUCUCAGCUUACUGAAUAUCAACUCUUCCACUAAAGUCUAUUCAACAAUAAUAGUAAUAGGAAACCCUUUAUUUGGGGUUAAAUUUUGGCCUUAAAUCCAUGCCUUCAUUCUGAAACAAAGUAAUGAAGAUAAACAAAAAGUAACAGUUUUAUUUGACCAAACGCAAUUAGCCAGAUGUCUUUUUACUCCUUGACAUUUAUUUCCUGAUAUUCUGUUGGUUAAAAUAUAUAAGACAUCAUAAUACAAAAUAACAUUUUAUAUUAAGUUUAACCCCUUAAAGACACAUGACACGUGUGACAUGUCAUGAUUCCCUUUUAUUCCAGAAGUUUGGUCCUUAAGGGGUUAAAGGACCCAUAAACAGAUUUUAAAUGUGCAUGAAAUGGCUCGAUAGUACCUACUGGGUUAAAAUGCUUUUCGAAUUGCUCCCAGCCCCGGAUGGAGACGCACGCAGCCAGGGUGCUGUGUACAGAUUACGCCUGUUUCAGACACAGUAACAGGCAUUUCAUAAAAGCAGAUUUCCAUUUAAAUUCCUGAAUCCAAUUAAUACCAUUUAUAAAUAAAUCCAUAAUCCGUCCAUUAGUACAUUGCCAUGGCAACGAUGCUAAGCCCAAAUAACGGCAUGCCACAUCCCCUCCCUAUUAGAACAUGCCUAACUGCGUAUUACGUUUCCCUUUUCGUAUUUUCUUUUUUUUUCAUUUUGUAUCAGAAAGCGAUCUAGCCGCUUCCCCAAGAGUUUGUGUUUUGGAAACGGAGAACGAGACCCUGAAGCUGUGCAGCUGGACGGCAAAUCAUUUUUUAAGCAGUGGCAGAUAUGUGUGGUCGGGGGUCCCUGGGAUAGAGUAUUUUUUCUGGAAGGCUGCUGUGCAAAUUUUAAGGUUGAUAUAUUAGUGCCUGAUUUUUCAAUUUGUUCUGCUAUUAUUGCAAUUUUACACCACUGCCGCUGCCUGUUUUCAUUUUUGCCUCCAGCACACCCAUCAAGGGUCCUGCGUCAGACACGUGCAUUAUAGGAGACCCCAACUGACCCACCUUACUUCCUAGUAAUACAGUGGCUUCUAUACUGUUCUAUGUACUGAUAUAAAAACAUGCACCUUCGUGAUAUCACGGCAGACACUGCUCAGAAUAUUACCAAUAGGCAGCCGCCUAACAUCUUACUGGAAAAUCCAACCCGUGCACAUCAUAUACACAGAUAUAGCCACUCAGCGAUAAAACAAAAGUACUUAUCUUGUGUUAUUACAUCCUCCUUUCUUCAUUACCCCUUUUUCUCUAUGUGUUUGCCUUCAUCUACAGGAGUAUAUUAAACAAAGAAUAAACAACGUUAUGCCAUUUUAACGUGUCUAUAGCGUUCUGUUUGCUGUGACAAAGCCUCGCAGAGCCUUAAUUAAAUCUCUAUAAGAAACAGAUGUUAUUUACAAGAAGCAGAUGGGGAUCCCACGGGCGCAGUGAUUAAUAAAUUGUUGUACAAUGUAUUUAUUGAAUAGAACACUGUUUGUUUUAUCUGUAAUUUUUUUAACUGGCAGUUCCUCACUGAAUAGGAUCAUUUUAAUAAAUGACUGUUUCUACAAGUCCUGGAUAGCAUGCAAAAAUACAAAAAUCUAAAACUUGUUCGAUGCGCUAUAAAUCUAGUUUUAUUAGACAUUUGAAUAGACAAAUUGGCAAUUUAGAUCAGCCCGUACUACGAGCAGAAUAAUACACUUCAUAAUUAUUACCAGCUGCCUUGGCUUUUUAAAUCCCCCAACACAUAUUUCAGUUUGUUGUUUUGUGUAUUAUCUUAUAUAUCAUGUUUUUAUUCUCAAUAAGACGUUUUAAUUGAAUUUAUAAACCUAUUAUUAGCUGUUUGAAAGAGCAAUUGAAAACAUUGUACCCCUUGCUCAAAAAAGUUAACAUCGGGGGAGGUCUAAAUAUAAUAAGCAGUUCAAAUCUGUAUAUUGGACCAGUAAGAGGAGAUUAGCCAACUUCCAGGGGAUGGUUUCUAUGUGUCAGUAUGGCGGACAGACUAAUAUACAAUCAGAACCGAGGGGCAGUGCCAAUGGACAUCCUUAGGAAUUUAUGGUGGAAGAAUCAGGUGGGAGCGGAGCUUCUGCAGGUGCGGUGAGAGAGCUAAUAGUAAUAAUCUAAAUUGGGAAGGAGGUGGUGAACUGGCCUUGAGAUAUAGGGCAUUGUGACUCUUAAGUUGGUUAUUUAGCUGUGUCAAGUUGGGACAUGUUUAGGGACUUAGACAUGAAUUCUCUGGAGUUGCGGGGGCUCCAAAAAAGAAAUCCCCGCACCAAGGCCCUUUGUUUAUUCAUUCCGAUGCUGGGUGGGACAACUGAAUUGGGUUAGGGCGAGUGGCUUCUGAUAAUAUCAGAUUCCUCAUUUGGGGAAUUAAUUGUAACUUGAGCACAUUACAUAAAAGCCACAGAGGAAAUGGACAUGUCCCAUUGAAAUCCUUCUCUAUUUCCAUUGCUGUGAAAAUGCUUGUACUAGGGGAUAUAUAUAUUAGCAUCUAUUGAUUUGGUUGCGUCACAGAGGUAUUCAAUAUUCACAAAAGUGAGAAUUCAAAGGGAAUUCCAAAUGUAAGGUAAAAAUAGUCUAACUGGGAAAAAAAUCAGCUCUGCUUGCAUUUCGGCUACUUUGGCCUUCGAUGUGAAAUGUACUUUGAAUUUUCAAUUUAGUAUAUAGCCCUGUAACAGUUAACUGUUGGGUUGUUGGAGGCUUUGUUUUCAAUAAAGCAUCUUGGGUAUUCUUGCCCCCGAAUAGUCGUGUUAUCUCUGUUAUAUGGUUUACAAUGCGCUCUCACGUCAUGUGGAAGUCCAUAGGAAAGGUUUUUAUCAAACUACAGAGUUCCUUUUGUUCAUCUAUAGCAUUAUGGUAAGAAGAAGAAAUAGCACUAUUCUAGUUUUGUUGUUGAUGGUGUGUACGUUAAAAAUAAAACUACUUCGAGAUUUGCAGGGGGAAAAUUGAUGGGUUUUUUGCAAUGAUCAAUUUUUGGAAAUAGAAUUUCCCUUUAAUAAUGAAGACGUUUUGCCCUUUGUAUAUAAGCUGAAGUUCUAUUUAACUUGAAAUGUAAGUAAAAGGAACUAAAGUAAAAAACAUAAAUAAAAUAACUCUGGAGACUCCGGUACCUCAUUAAAACACUUAUUGCCUCAUUUAACAGCAAGGGGUCCUUAAAUGAACAACCUGCUCGCAAAACACUUGUAGAAUCACAUAUCCAGCUGUGGGUAUUUACUACGGGCAUGGUUCAGUAAAAACCUCCUAAGGCAUCUGCCACUUGUCACUUGUUUGAUAAGGUUACAAUGGAUUAAACUGUAGACAGAUAAAAAGACCCCUAUUAUAGAACUGGUCGAUGUCUUAUCCAAGCUUUUACUAUAGAGACCAACAGUUUCAGCUUAGACAAGAACAUGGGGUCAGCUCUGUAUUUUCUCAAAAAUUUCUGAUAAUGGUGCCUGUCACAACAAGGGUGCAUAAUUCAUUGUUGCACUAUAGAAUAUUGCUAUUUAAUGUAAUUUGUGUAGUGCAUACAUGGAAUGUCCACUUGGUAGAGGUGGUAGGACCAGUUUGAUUGCAGAGGAUAGAUUUCAAAAGAGGUGAAUUUAAAUGAUAUAGAAAUGUGAUAGAUGUCAGCAAGGUGUGAAAUGUUACACAUGAGUUGCCUCUAAGUCUAGCUUCAAUGUAAACUAACUUGAUAAUCUGUCAUAUGCCUAUAUCCCCACUUAGAUCGUGUGUACUUUUGAAAUGCUAAGUGGCCGAUAGCAAUAAAAAGACCAGGGUCUAUCCAAAAUAAACAUUGAUCAUAACCCACAGAUGAAAAAUAGAGCCUCCUUUUGUGCCUAUUUAGACUGGGCAAAGCACAAACUACAAAAAGAGUAUAAACAUGGUUAGUGUAGCUCAAGCUGUUUGGAAGGAAUUGUGAAGUCCAUUGUAUUAGGUCAUAAGGAGGAAGUCUGACAUAUUUAUGGAAUAGAAAAAUUGCAACAAAAUCAUACAUGCAAUUUUUAUUUCUGUGGCACAAAAGAGGAAAUAAAAUGAAAAGUUUCAAUUUGGAUUGAUGUUGGUCUGAAACACAACGGGGUAGUCACUUAUUGUUUCUAGAGGUACACUCUCGCCACCACCUCUGGGCCGGCUUGGAAACCUAAAAUAUAUAGUCUAACAUCUCCUUAAGCAAUACAUUUAUCAUUUAUCAUAAAGAUGAAUAAUGUAUGUCAUUUCUUAAAUUAAUAGCCCUGUGAGCCAAUGACACAGCCGUCACACUGGUUUCAUUGCUGAGAGCACAGCCUUUUGUGCCAAAAAUUGAUUAACAGGUGAGGAAGGAACCAUAUCUUUACAUAGCAGUUUAAUAAAAUCUAUACUUUUUUAAGGAAUGGGGGAACACGACUAUUACUACAGACAGUAGCCAUUGCAACAAAAUGUAUACUUUGUUGGUGAAGUCAUAUGGACCAGGGGAUUCUGGGAAUUCCUGUUGGUCUGCUGAGGAACCCUGCUGAGGGAGUCUGGCAUUGAUUCUUCUUAGUUCUCGUUGGAGCUUUUUGUGUUAAUUAUGGCUGACAACAUUUCCAAUUAGGCUUUGCUUACUAUAUUGCAGGCUUUUCAACAGUCUUAUUGGUCAGGGGUACCAGGGCUUUUAGGAGGGCCGGAGCAGGACUUGGAGUUCCAAGCCUCCUUUGCAUCUCCCUCUUAGUUCAGUUCGGUGUUCUGGUUGUCCGAGGAUUUGUGGUGCUUCGACCUGAGUGAGGUUGGUUCUGGGGCUUCUCCUCGUCAUGCAGCCCACAUGGGUGUAGGGCGCCCAUUAUUUGUAAAAUCUGAAACUUUACAACUCCACAUGCCAAGUGUAAAAAGAUUAGCCAAUUUAGACUAACACAAUGCUUUGGUGGUUAUAUCAGGAGAGUUCCAGAUAUGACGGAUGCUCAUUCAGACUGCAACAAAAACCAUUUCAAUAAAUCUUAAAUGUUUGGGGGAAUAACAACGAAAAAAAGGAAAAUGGACAGCUCUGAGGACAGCGUUAAAGGAAAAUGUAAUUAAUGUUUGAUUAGUAAACAUUCUGCCAGCACACUGUAUAGCGCCUCCUGUUUUGUGUCAGUUAUAUUUAUCAUGCACUUUUAAUUCUCUGACUAUCACAAUAAUAUUCGCUAUAUUGAUUUUGAUUGAUGAAGACACCAUUAAAGAAAAUUAGCCCUUUUUUCACACUGUUCAUUUUUGACAAUAAUUGUUUUGAUUGCGUCUGCUUUUUACGUGUCCCCAUAGUUUACCAUGUGUUUUAACUUGUAGUAAUUGUAUAUAUUUUUUUUUUAUUCAGCAACUACAGUGCACUGGUUGGAGUCUGGAUUUAUGGAUUUUUUGUGGUUGUCCUGCUUGUAUUGGACAUGUUGUAUUAUUCCGCAAUGAACUUUGAAUUUUGCAAGUUGCACCUGACAAGAUGGGGUAUUCAUGCCAAAUGGAUGAGACAAGGACAGAGGCAGUGGGACAAAUCGACACAGGAUUCUUCUCAAACGUCGGCUCAGUGUCAAACCGCGCACUCUGUGCACACUUUAAAAGGAGAUAAUCUCAGUCCAACCGGGAUGCCAUAUCAGACUUCGAGAGCCUGGUAAGUCCAAUUCUCUUGUUACGUUUCUGAAGUUCUGUGCUAUUGAAUGGAUCAGUAUGUACUGUUCAGAAUGCCCCAUAAGGGUUGUUUUGAAUCUGAGAAGAGAAAGAACAUAGGUUUUGUGGGAAAACACUUUUGUGAGAGAUCCUUUUUAAUCAAACAGUUAUGGUUUCCAUGGGUGUAUACAGAACUUAUUUCUAUGUAAACUCUUUAUUUUUUUCAUGGAUUAGAGAAGUAAAAAUUAUAACAAAUAUGUGUUGAAAUUAAACAUAAUAAAUAAGAUAUAGAAAUGUACUCAAAUUAUGGACAACCCAAAACAUGCGAUACUGAACAAAUAUGUUAUAGAGUACACUGGCGGGUAACGUGUAAAGCUGGCUGGUAGCAUUGGACUACACAUUCUUAGUUCUGUAUGUAUAUAUUUUUUAGCACAGUGAUUUAAAAUAAAAAAGAUACUAACUUCUAUAUUUCAUAGAUUUCACAAUAUGAUAUUUUAACACGGCGAGGUACAGACACAUCAAUACGCAUGACUUUUAAUAGUUUUUCUAAGCUUCUCAUAUCCUCUGUUUGUGUUGCAAUGCAUUAACUUAGCUCUCCCUAAGCUAAAAGGGUAAACCCGUGCUCAAUGUGCCUAGUGGAGAAUUGGCUUCACCUUGCUGACGAGGCUCAAUUAAGGCCAAAGUGAUUGUCUGGGGUUGCUGUAUCACUCAUGCAGACAGAAAUUGCUGGCAUUUUGGUUCAGGAAUGCCCUGUGGGUGGUGAUCAGUCUCACAUGCAAAUGGUAUAGGUUCUCCCUGUAAUGGCACAAGUGGGCAGUAAGAGCGGGCACUAACCAAAGACAAGCUAUUAAGUUUCUCUAAGCUUUUGUCCGUUCUCGGAGUUCUCAUAUUCCCUGGUUUUGUUGCAAUAGUUAUCAGUGAUCUUGUAAGAUAUUCAGCCUUUCAUCCAGUGUGUAUAAGGAUGUAAACAGAAGGAAAAUAUGCAGUGAAGACAAUUGAUAAGAGUAAAAACCUUCAAAAAGUGCAGCACUUAAAACAUAUAAACAAUUCACACCUUGGAAUAAUUUGUUGCUAUAACAACACCCUCACCCGGACCUCACUUCCCGCAGUGUUAAGAAUCCUGCACUUUUAAUGUACACCGAUAUAAACACAUAAAACACCAGAUUCAAAGCUUAGAUUGCACAAUCCCUACGCGUUUCAUCUGUUUUACGCUGCAGCAGUAAAAUCUCUCCGUGUACCGGUAUGAAGUAAAUCAUCCCUCCAGUGUCAUUUAAAUCAUCCAGUUAGCACCAAAUGUCCUUAAUGUCUAAUCAUGGUGUAAAUAGAUAGUUUACCCCACGCACUUGCAUGGGUUAGGUCAUCAUUAUGAGAUUAUUUCAAUGUUUGAAUGGUUUCAUAUCUUGUAAGUGUAAAUCCCUGUCCUCCUCCCAUAUACUAAAUCCCAGUCCUCCCCCUCUACUAAAUCCCAGCACCCCCCUCUAGCCAACAAGCAGACUCCACUCACAUUGCCGCUGCCAGUAUUCGACUCCGGAGUCCGGCCUCCUGUUUACCCCAAAUGAUGCCGUCCGCACCCUGUGCCAAAUCUGAUCCUCCCGCUACUUCUUGAAACCCUGUGAAGGUGGAGCACGUUGAUGUCACGUCGGAAUGUGACGUGGCGUUGCGUGCCUCCAUGCACGUCCAAGUACUCCACUGUCCAGUUGCAGCCAAUGCACCACUGACAGACACACACACACACACGCAUACACACUGACAGACACACACACUGACAGACACACUCACAGACACACACACACACUGACAGACACACUCACUGAAAGACACACAAACUGACAGACACUCACAGACACACACACACUCGCUGACAGACACACUCACUGACAGACACACACACACUCACUGACACACACACUUACACAUUCUUGCACACACAUACUUUACUGUAUUGCUCCCUACCUUUUGGACCUGAUGUGGGGCAUCUCCCUGGGGUCCUUCUAUCUGCUCCUCACUGCUCCCUCAUGCAGUUUAGUGAUGCCGGGUGCAGGAAUAUGACAUCAUAUUCCGGUGCCUGACUUCACUACAGACGGCGCACGCGAGGGAGCAGUGAGGAGCUGAAACACUGAGCUCCCUUGCUGGCCCUCAUCCCCGACUGGGUAAGUGUUAGCAGACUAGGCACCUGCAAUGUGGGGAAAGCAGGUGCCUACUCUGCUAUAACAUUGAGCAUGUACUCGCAGCUCGCCCGGCCGCAAAGAUGGUCCCUGUGUGGCCCGCGGGCUGAGAGUUUGACAUGCUUGCUGUAAGCACUAAAACAACUUUAGCUUAAUAAAAAGUGUUGAUGUGUUUAGCAUGUCACUGGAGUCUCACUGCUCAAUUCUCUGUCAUUUAGGUGAUAAAUCACUUUGUUUAUGCAGCCAUGGCCACACCUCCCCUACCCAUGACUCACACAGCCUCCAUGCACCUUCCUGAAAAAAAGUCUAAAUAUUAAACCUGCUUUAUUGCGCAGUGUGUUUAAUUUAGAAUUUCUUAUCUCCUGCACUGUUAAUAGCUUGAUAAUGACUACAGCACUCUCCCCUCAAUUAACAUAGUAGGAGAUAAAAAUAUCUAAAGUAAACACACUGUGCAGUAAACUCCUAAAUGGCAGAGAAUUAAGCAGAGAGACUACAGGGGCCUAAUCUAUACACCAAAACUACUUCGUUAAACUAAAGUUGUUUUACUGCCUAUAGUAUCCUUUUAAAUACUUAUAAACUCUCUGAUUAAAAAAAUAAAUAAAGUGAAAAGUAUAAUUUGCUAUAUAGCUGAAGUAUGAAACACUUUUUUAAAAAUCCUUGAAAAAUUAUUUUAUAUUAAAAUAAGAAAACCUUUCUAUCCUUUGUCCUAUGAUAACCUGCGGGGGAUUUUGUUUAAUCAUGCUUUGCAGUAUUUGCAUAUAUUCAUUUCCAGUUAAAGGUCUGGGGAUAUGACGAAGACGUUAAUGGCUAAUUUUUUGUGAAUAAUGGAAUAUAUUCAAGAAUUCGUCUAAAAGGAAAUUUCAAGGGAACAAACUUAUUUGAUCUGCCAUAAUAAUUACACUUGGAGAGAAGUCUAGGGAGUUACCAAGGAAACAUCUACGACACGUUAUUAUUCUCAUUAAAAAAAAAAAAAAGAGAGAGAGAGAGAGAGAGAGAGAGAGAGAGAGAGAAAAAAAGAGAGAGAGAGAGAGAGAGAAAGAUAUGAUUCCUUUAAACAUUUGGGGUAAAGGAUGUACGCGACCACAUAUCGUGUUACAUAAUAUUAGCUCUGUUCUGUGCUUUAAUAUUGUACACAUUAUAUUUUCAUAUUACAUACGUUUUAUUAUUAGUAUUUUCAGAUUUCUGAAUAACAUUUUGUGACAAUAUUAAUAAAAACAAACAAAAGUAUGUUUUUGACUUUUUGUUUUUUUUACUCAUUUUGUUUUGCGUGAAUGUGUUACGAAUGCACUAUAAAGCUUGAUUUUAAUAAACCAACAGGGUUUGGGUAAAGUAGAUACAGAUUUAUACUAGUUAGGAUUCCCAUUUCUACACAAGGGACUUAGUAACUGGGGAGGCAGGGAGUCUAAUGCAAUUAACAGCCAUUAAUAUUUCAAUCUUGCUAACUAUGUACUAACACUGAAUUAUAUGCAUGUAAAAUCCCAACCAGAGCACUGAAAGGAUCCAGUCAGAUUCAAAGUCAAACUGUGGCUAGCAGGGAGGGCGCCAGGGCACUAAUGGUACCAUAACCACUACAGCGUGCUCCUCUAAGGUUAUCAAACAAGCUUGAGCUGCUUCAGGCUCUGAGAUGGCAAUGUCUAGAACAUACUGGAUAAAUUCAGAAAAUGACAGAUAAUUAGAUCUAAAAGUAUCUCCAAAGGUAACAAGAUAUUUUUAAAAUACAUCAUUAAUUAAAAUGUUACAUUUAGUUUAAGUGUUUUUGGUUUUGUCAUUUUUUUAAGCUUUCAAUAUGAGAUAAAAGUUCCCUUUUUGGCACCACAUCACGUUCAUUUCUCCUAACCCACUGACACCUACAUUAUUCGGGACGCACUGUGGCAGGACCCAAAUGUUGUAUAACUCCCAUGUUACUGUAUCGUUCUUACUGUUGUCAAAGCGUGUUAGAGGUCACAGUUCUAAUCUAUCUGCGGUGCACUGUUUGGGUGGUAUGUAAUAUGUAGUAUGUAUGCUUUAUGGUGUAUGUAAGUGGUAUUAGUUACACACUUAAUACCCCAACCUUUUACUUUGUUUAUAUAUGAGGAUAUUAAGGGGACACUGACCCCACUGUAACACUUGGCAGAGACAGAUACAGUAUUGAUUUGUGCGCAUAAGACAGUUAGUACUUAUCCUUCGAGAGAGUGUACUAUCUUGUGGUCAAUAAGCCAAAACCUCUUAGUACUUUCAUUUUUUAUACACUUGAUGCCCAAACUAACAAGGAUGAUGAGUGCAGAUUUGGUUUCAUUUUUUAUAUUUUAUUAUUUACUGCCUAGAAUCACGUAGAGCGCAAAGUGCAAGAACACAAUAUAAUUGUUUUAUUAAUUCAGUAAAACCUUUUGCAACCGCUCGAUUUGACAUUAUGCUUCAAAAGCAUUUCAUUGUGAAACAAUAUAAAAGGCACACUGCAAUUUGUAAUCAUCAAAGAGUUAAUAUUUUUUCACCAGGAUUGGAGUGUUUCAUGUAAUCUUAAGUAUUCUGACAUUUUUGUUUCCGUUUUCAGAGAGUCUAACCCAUACCGCUCACACAGCAUGAAACAGAAUAUUUAAUGAUUUCUCAGGAAAAAUGCAGCUUAUUCGAUGCUUUUGUUUCCCCCAAAAAUGUAAAUACAGCCAAAGAAUAAUAGAGGUACAGCGUAGGCGUAUUGUACGGAACAUGAAGCCAGUCGGUGGUCACAUAAAGGACCCAGCCUCUUCUGAAAAUCUUGCAAUCUGGUUUAAAUCUCAGACUGUCUUACAUCAUGCGUAAUCUGUUGUUCUUAUGGAGUUUCCAAUCAUUUAUAUUCCAAUUACCUCUGAAAAGCUUGCAGUCUGAUUUAAAUCCAUGUUUUGUCUAAAGAGCUUGCAAUCUGUUUGAGACAGACAGGUAUCCUAGAAACAAUGUUGUAUUCUGUUUUUGAUCCUGGUCUAAAAAGCUUGCAGUUUGUUUUUGAACUCAAUUUCCUUUCAAAGUGUGUGCAAUCCCUUUAGAGAGCUCCUAAAAGCAUGUCUUCUUAAUCAGUGUAGAUUCUAAGGCUACAGGCAGCGUACUAAAAACAUGUCUGUGUUUGUGGCUAUAUUGCUGUUUAUGGUAAAUACAGCAACUGACCAUUAAUAAACCGUACAGGCUGUUAUUGCAGCCUGCAUGUCCUGAUAUGUGACUAUUAUUAUUUAUUAUUAUUAUUGCCAUUUAUAUAGCGCCAACAAAUUCUGUAGCGCUUAACUAGACCUCACCAAGCCAUUGCCUCACUAUGUUGUUUGUUUCUUCACUAAUCUAUGACAGUUUUUACAGACUUCAUGUAAUCGGGCCAGGACAUGUUUUCAGGCACGCUGAGCCGAGGCCAACAGGGGAGAUCAAAGGUUUUGUCCUGCCGGCCUAUAUGAGGUCGGCAUUAUCCAUGCAACAGCCAUAUUGUGUGCCUUCACAGACUGCUGGAGAGAUCAAAGAUCUGCCUCACUUGUCCACAGCAACUUAUAGCAGGAGAGGGGAGGCUUUAGUCUGCACCUCCGCACAGUGCAGUCCUAACAUUCCUCCCUCGAGCUUAGGCUGUUCAGAGUGUUGUCAUGGGCUACCCCAGAAAUGCUCCAAUACAUCACUUUGCUGGAACUCCUGAUAAUAGUGCACUCAGCCUCCUUCUAGUUAGAACAGGGCUUGACAAAUCCCAGGCACCUGGUAUGUCCUGAUGAGGGAAAGUGGCUGAGGGUGGGCAUGGAAGCUAGGGGAGGGCAUGGAAGGGCGGAGGCCGGCUAAGGUAGAGCAGAGGCAGUGAGGGAGCUGAAAUCCUCCUGCUCUGCUCCCUUGCGCCAUCCAGUGAUGCCUAGAAUAUAACCUCACUCCGGGCCAGGCAUCAAUAAACCACUAGAUCACAGGGAAAGCAGAUCCACUCCAGUUCUCCCAAAGGUAGGGAGGCUGGGUGGGCACACUAAAACACUAAAAUAAAACCUUUUUUCCCACGCUGUUCCGGGCUCACCGCCGCUGGCUGGAGAUCAUUAAUCUUGAUGAUCUCUGCCAAUCCAAUGCAAAACGUAGUGCUAUGCCGCGCCAAUUGGCAUCUCCUCGUAGAGAUGCAUUAAAUAAGUGCAUCUCUAUGGGGAGCAUUACGCUUCUGACAGAGGACUGACCCAGGAAGCACCUCUAGAGGCCAUCUGAGUGACUGUCACUAGAGGUGUUACUAGACAACAAUGUAAACACUGACUUUUUUCUGAAACGGCAGUAUUUACAUUGAAAAGCCUGCAGGGACAGGCUAUAGACACCAGAACAACUACAUUAAGCUUUAAGGAUUGUAUUUUUGAUGUUGAAAAACCUGGCUGCUAAGAUUUUUAGCUGGCUCCUAGAUUCCAAGCAAAUUUAUCAAGCCCUAAGUUAGUAAAUAGCACCGGUCCAUCAGGGUUUUCAGUGUAAUGUCUCCAUUUUUCCCCAGUGCGGCCCAGCAUAUAAUCUAAUGCAGAUAAAACAUUUAAAGCUAUAAGUAAAUAUCAAUAACAGUCAGGAGAGAUUACUCAAAUUGUGAAGGAAAUGUAUCCAAGCUCUGAAAGGGAAAAAGGAACAUUUUCAUAUCAUCAAGCAAAGAUCUGAACAUGUCGGUUCUUUUAAGGAAAUGCAGCCAUUUUCUUGGCCUCAGGGACAAUACCAGAUGACAAAAGAUAAUUAAUUAGGGAGCUAAUUGAUGUAGCAAAGCAACACUGGUACACGUAGAGCAGCAUAUAAUUAAGAAAUUAAGAUUGGAUGUUUUUAUCUUAUCUUCAUAUGUCAUGUGUAAUUUGAAAUUAGCAAGUGCCGACAUAAGCCAUUAUCAGCACAGGAAUCAUCUCAAUUUAUGGCCCAAAUUGAGACGUGCAUUUGGUGCUUUGUUGGUGAGGGGUGGAGGACCCAUUUUGUACCUAAAUUGGGGACAGAUGUCCCAUGAGCCUUUGCUUUUGUUUUUCAUGCUAUCGCCAUUCAUUCCGAUUAUCUCCCGUUGUAUAGUGGUAUCUGUAUACAGCUGUAAAAUUAUAUUCGGAGAAAAGAAAUCGAUCCAGGACACAUUGAGAAUCGAGUGGCAGAGACCCACUGGUGAUAGUUACUACAUUUCUAUUGGUUUAAUGAUAUUAUUAACAAGCUAAACAAAUUAUGGAGUGCAACACACUAUUUGAUAAUGCUCAUGUCACUUAGCAAAUCUUUAGUAUUUAAAAGGAAACUGUAAUUUCAAUGGAAUUUACACAGUUAAAUAAAAAAAAGAAAAUCCUCUUUAGCCUGUGUUAACCCUUUUCCAUGGGAUGCACCAUUUUCUUUUAAAUGUAUGUAAAAUAUUUGGUAGAUGAUAUCACACACCAGCUCAGUCCUGGCACAGUCAGGGCACACUGUGCAUUUGAAAAGGUGAAGUAGAAACGUUGUUUCUGUGUCUGCUUCUCAAUUAACUGUGUUCAGUGACAGAAAACGGCAGGCGGACGCUCUCUGGUCCAGGAUAGAGGUAAAAACAGCAGAUGUAUUUCUCCGUUUACAUUUAUUUUAUCAGACUUCAACAAAUUCUUGUUAAGUAAAGGGAUAGCAGAGAUUUAGGGGGGAACUAAUUACCUCAGAUGCGUAAUCUGAUAAUCACCAUGCCACCUCUGCCCUCAGCUUACAUAUUGCUUGGUUCACUGCUUAAUACAUUGUACCGCGCUACAGAACUUGCUGGCACUAUAUAAAUAAUAAAAUAAUAAUAAACCAAGCAAUGUUAACCAAUUGGCGGCUGAGAGUUUUCAAAGAAUUCACGGGAAGUGGGACCAACAGCUUAUUGUUGUUUUUGCUGUGUUUAUUCCCACAUAAUUUAACGUUUUAAUGUGUACCCAUACACCAUUGUACAGCGCUACAGAAUUUGCUGGCUCUAUAUAAAUAAUAAAAAUAAUAAUAAUAAUAAUAUAUACUGUGUUUUAAAGGACAGAUAGGCCUUUCUUCUGAUAUAUAUAUAUAUAUAUAUAUAUAUAUAUAUAUAUAUAUAUAAAACACACAAUUAAAGGGGUACUCUAAUCACCAAAACAACCCUAGCUUUUUGAAGCAGUUUGGGCAUAUAGAUUAUGCCCCAUGCAUUUUUACUGCUCAAUUUUUUGUCAUUUAGGAGUUAAUUUACUUUGUUUAUACAGCCCUAGUCACAUCUCACUGCAUGUGACUUACACAGCCUUCCUGAACACUUCCUGUAAAGAGUCAUCUAAUGUUUAUUGCACAGUCUGUUUAAGAUUCUGGUGGAGAUGCUAUCCACACAGUUGUGGCACCAAAGACAGAGAGUGCAGUUCAAGUUGUGCAUGCAGAGUGCACAGAGCCGUUAUGGGUUGCAAAUGUCAAUUCUAUAUAAUAUUUAGCAUCUGUCGUCAGCACGCUGACAAUAAUCAUAGAAAUCUUCUCCCUUGCGGACAUCCGUCCAUCCCACCCACUGUGCGCUCGUUCCUCCGUUGCCCUCUGUAUUUAUAAAACCUAUCUCUCUACACCCUCCGUCCCCUUCUACGCCCUCUCCCCUUUCUAGCAUGGAGCGUGCACUCAUGUGCUCUGAGUUGGCAAAAUGGACCAAUAUCUGUUUGAGAAGCCUGUACUUGGGCUGCGCAAGGCUCCAGUGACAUCGGAGAGAGCGGGCAAGUCAGCAUCUGCCACUGGAUUCCAGGUACUGAAGGUUUUACUGCAAACUUAAAACCUUCAGCUUAAUGAAGUGGUCUGGGUGCCAGGUCCCUCUAGCAUUAACCCUUUUUUUUAUAAACAUAGCAGUUUCAGAGAAACUGCUAUGUUUAUAAUAGGGUUAAUCCAGCCUCCAAAUCCUCUAGUGGCUGUCUCAUUGACAGCCACUAGAGGCGUUUGCGUGCUUCUCACUGUGAAAAUCACUGUGCGUCCAUAGGAAAGCAUUGUAAAUACUUUCCUAUGAAACCGGGCUGAAUGCGCGCGCAGCUCCUGCCGCGCAUGCGCAUUCAGCCGAAGAGGAGGAGAGGAGGAGGAGAGCUCCCCGCCCGGCGCUGGAAAAAAGGUAAGUUUAACCGCUUUCCUCUCUCCAGAGUAUGUUUUCCUGGCACUAUAGUGGUCCUUUAAUGUAGUCGUUCUGGUGAUUAUAGUUAGUCUCUUCAGGCAUUUCCAUGUAUACAUACAGUGUUUACAUUACAGCCUAGUGAUACCGCCUCUGGCCAUUCCUCAGAUGGCUACUAGAGGUGCUUCCUGGGGCAGUGCUGCACAGUGUGACUGACAUUCAGUGUCUCCACACUCUGAAUGGAGACAUUGAAUUUUCCUCAUAGAGAUGAAUUGAUUCAAUGUAUCUCUAUGAGGAGAGGCUGAUUGGCCAGGGCGGCGUCUAAUCCGCCUCCUUGGGAAAACAUUGUGAUUGGCUGAGAUCAUCAAUUCUGAUAGAGGCGGAUAGAGCCAGCGCUGGUGGACCUAUGUUGGGCUGGAGAUAAGGUGAGUUUUUACUAUAUUUAAGGGAAUUUAGUGAGGGCAGGGGGGCUAAAUAGGAUUUGUGUUCCUGACCCUACCAUGUUCCUUUAAAGAGUUUUUUAAACGGUGUGAAAAAACCAACAACUUCUCAAGAUACAGAACAAACCAACAAAAAAACACGUAGCUAGACCUAAUUUUGACUAUUGAGUAAUCCAGAACUAAAAAGUAAAAGCAGCGUAUAUACAUCUUGUACUAGCAACAAGAUCUCUAAAAUAUGUUUCUUAUAAUUUGAAUGCAUAGGCAUGCGCAGCCUAUUGCAUAAGGGUGUGCACCCUAAACCACAAACACACAUGCUGUGUGAGUAUUUGUGAGGGUGGUGUGUGUGUGUAAGGGUGCUGUGUGUGUGUGAGGGUGCUGUUAAUGUAUGUGUGUGUGUGUGUGUGUGUGUGUGUGUGUGUAAGGGUGCUGUGUGUGUGUGUUUUUGAGGGUGGUGUGUGUGUCUGUGUGUAAGGGUGCUGUUUGUGUGUGAGGGUGCUGUUAGUGUGUGUGUAUGUGUAAGGGUGCUGUGUGUGUGCUGUUAGUGUGUGUAUGUGUAAGGGUGCUGUGUGUGUAAGAGUGCUGUUAGUGUGAGGGUGCUGUUAGUGUAAGGGUGAUGUGUGUGUAAGGGUGAUGUAUGUGUGUGGGUGCUGUAUGUGUGAGGGUGCUGUUAGUGUGUGUGCUGUGUAUGUGUAAGGGUGCUGUGUUUGUAAGGGUGAUGUAUGUGUGUGGGUGGAUGCUGUUAGAGUGAGGGUGCUGUUAGUGUGUGUGUGCUGUGUAAGGGUAUUGUGUGUGUGUAUUGUGUGGGGAUGGGGGAACUGUUUAGUUAAUAGCCCCCCUCCCUUCUUACCUUUUGUAAGGAUGGGGGCUGUGCUGCCAUCCCUGGUGGUCCAGUGGUGAGUGAACUCUAGCCUGCGGGGCUAGAAUUCACUCUCGCGAGAUCUGAGCGUUGCCGUGGCAACACUUCGACCUCGCAAGAGGAACCCGGCGGAGCUGCUGGCUAGUGCUCCCCGAGUCCUCUUCUGCCUCCCUCCCUGCCCGUGGAGGCACAUAGCGUGGGCCGCAGCAAUUAGGGUGGCUAGGCACACCCGGCACACCCCGUGCGCACGCCUAUGUUUGAAUGUGGUAUUUUAAACCCUUCAUUGCCAUAAAGCAGGCUUCCCCAAACUCCGGCCAUCCAGAUGUUGCUGAACUACAACUCCCAUGAUUCUCAGCCUAUCAAUUUUAUUCAUAAAAUCAUGGGAGUUGUAGUUCAGCAACAUCUGGAGGGCCAGAGUUUGGGGAAGCUUGCCAUAAACUGUAUACAGCCCAAGCAUUAUGUAUACAAAAUUGUCACCCAAGCAAACAAAAUUUAUUUAAUGGUAAUUAAUUUAGUUUGCUAAAUAUUCCUAUUUUACAAAAGUGCAGCUCACUCACCCUCCUUCCCCCCCCAGCGCUAGCCACUACCCAUGAGGUUACAUUCUAGCAGAGAGCAACAGACAGGAUUUUAGGGUUCAUGUAGAGAUUGGUUGGUAAUGUUCUGUAUGUUCCUUUGUUUAUACAUCUCAGAUCCUAAUCGCUCCACUGAAGCUUAAAGAGACACUAUAGGCACCAAAACAACUUUAGCUUAAUUGAGUAGUUAUUGUGUAUAGUUCAUGCCCCUGCAGUCUAAAUGCUCAGUUCUCUGCCAUUUAGAAGAUAAAUCCCUUUGAUUAUGAACCCUAGUCACACCUCCCUGCAUGUGACUUGCACAGCCUUCCUAAACACUUCCUGUAAAGAGUCAUCGAAUGUUUACACUGCCUUUAUUGUAAACUCUGUUUAAUUUAUAAUGUAUUACCUCCUGCACUCUUAACAGCUUGCUAAACCCUGCAGGAGCCUCCUGUGUGUGAUUAAAGUUCAUUUUGCAGAGCAGGAGAUAAAAACUUCUGACGCAAAUUAACAUCUGAUUGAAAAUGAAACCAUAUUUUCAUGCAGGCUGUCAGUCACAGCCAGGGGAGGUGUGGCUAGGGCUGCAUAAACAGAAACAAAAGUGAUUUAACUUUUAAAUAGCAGAGAAUUGAGCAGUGAGAUUUCAGGGGCAUGAUCUAUACAUCAAAACUGCUUCAUUAACCUAAAGUUGUUUUGAUGCCUAUGGUGUCCCUUUAAACUGCGCUCAUGCGUGCAUAUGUGUGACAUAUAUCAAAUUAUUUAUUAUUAUUUUUUUUUUAUUAUUAUUUAUUUUCUAUUGUGCAUGAAAUAAACAACAUGCUUACUCAGCCACGAUAGCCGUUGUAAGCGGUAAUAGGCAUAACAUACAACACAUGACCAAGUACAAUACAGCACAAUUUUUCAAUUUUUACAAUUUGUUGAGAGAGAAAAGUAGACAAUGGAUAAACAUACCAUGUAAAGUAACUCGCCCACUUCCAAUGUAGCAUAUGUCGUGCUAGGCAACUGGUAUUCUUGCAAAGUGUUGUGUAUCAUGUCAGGUUGCUUUAUACUUUUUUUUAAAAAACUAGGGUACCUUGUCAGACAUCCUGCACUGGUUUUUCAAGAAAUAUAGGAUAGGGUCAUAUUAUGUACCAGUAUGGUGUCAUAGUCUAUACUAGAGAUAUAACCUGGAGAUGUCGUGCAUAUGUUUACUAUGGAGUACCUCAUGUAAGACAUCUUAUACAUUAUUAAGGUGGCAUACAACGCGUUUUGGCAGCUUGUGCAUUGAGAUAUGACAUGUACCAUGUUAAACAUCGUGCACCUCUUUGGAUAGAGUGUAUCCUGCUAAACACAGUGCCCUAUUGUUUUAGGUUCCCUGAUUACUUUGGUAGAGAACGUGUGCAUGUAUCGAACGAAGUCAUCAGCCUUGACAAAUAGUGACAGGAGCAACUUGUGUAUAGUUUGAUAGCCCAUCUGUUUCGUACUUUGUAGUAGAUGAUAGUCGGCCAUUCCUCACUAUUGUCCCCUUAAAGCCCAUGUGUCAGUUACCUAGGAGCUUAUCUGGUACAACGAGUUAGUAUUAGUCUACUUAAGAUUUAUGGGUUAUAAAAUCAUAAGAGGAGAGAUAGGUAAAGAGAGCAGAGAACCGAAGAGGUAAAGGAGAGGAGUGAGAGAAAAGAGUAUUUGGUGUCAAGAAGGGAUAUCGGGGCGGGGAGGGAGGGGGGGGGAGGAAGGCCCAGAAUCGAUGUACUUUGCUCUUUUGGAUUGUAUUAUCUGCCCUGUGUGCCUCGGGUUUACUGAAUAAUGUUAGCUCAGGGGACUAUCCUCCCAUGGUGCCCAUACUUUCUGGAAUUGUUUUUGCGUCCCCCUGACUCUUGCUGUCAGGUCAUCCAUCAUAUGUACCUCCCUUAUUCUAUUAAUGAUCCCUGUGAGAGGUGGAGUGGUCUGUUUGAGCCAGUCUGCUGCCACCGCCCUCCUGGCUGCUAGGGUUACCUUGUGGAUGAGUUUUUGUUCGCAUCUAGUCCACCCGUCGAUUGUUCUGCUGAGUAAGUAUAACCACGGGUCUAGAGGGGGGGUCCUAUUUAGCACUUGGGUUAGGAUAUCUCUAAUUUGUUGCCAGAAUCUUUGCAUCAGGGGGCAUUCCCACCACAUGUGGAUAUACGUCCCUUUCUGUCCGCAUCCCCUCCAGCAGAAAUCAGUGGGGAUUUUUUUUCAUUUGGUAUAUCUUUACCGGGGUUGUGUACCAGCGAAGCAUCGUUUUAAUUGCUUGCUCCUGCAUCGUUACGCAUACAUAUCAAAUUAUUUCUGACGGUCACCAACUGUAUAAAAGUCUUACUGUACUCAGUUUAUUAAAUACUUCUAUAUCCCAACAAGGUUCAAAAAGAAACACAGUGUCACAGUGAUUACACAUUAGCAAUGGUCCUACUUCCUCAUAUUGAUAAAUUGUCUUUCGAUGACCUACAUCUGCUCUCAGGGUGAUAACCUUGUAGGUAAAUAUAGAACUUUCUGAGGGGCCAUCAAUGAUCAGUUUAUGAUGUUUUUCCUUUCUCUUUCAGAAUAAAGUCCUGUGCCUAACGGUGGAUGAAGAUAACAACCAGGUAAAAGCUCGCAACAGACACGACUCAGGCGAGUAAAUUCUGACGUUGAUGACUGAAGGAGGUCUGAAGGUGGACUAUCGUUCAAUUCUUUUAAGUUGUUCUGCUUUGUCAAGGAAAAAAUAGGACAGUCAGCAGGAAGUGCUUUCUAAUUCUGUUUGUAAGCAAUAUUUCCAGCUGAAGAAGAUUAUUUUUAGAAAAAAACAAACAAAACAAAAGGGGACUGUCACAUCUGAUAAAUUGAAUGAUUGAGCGAAGGAGACUUCUCGCUUUGACAAGGUCACUCACGUCGUGCAGAGCACUAUAACUCUUCAAAGCAAUGGCACAUCCAAAUUGCUGCCUCCUGUGUACAUCUAUUGUCGUUAAGUAUGUAACUUAGACUGUGUGUCAGUUUAAUAAACAGGAACAUUCCGGAAUCCUGAAGAAAUAGUGCAGUGCGUAGGCUGCACUCAGUAAGCACACCUCUCACUUUAUGAAGUUUGGACAUAUUAACACCUGCCAGUACCAGACGGAUGAACCAAUAAUACGUCCCACUUUGUUGUGUCUUCAUUUUCAACACACUGUACAAGACCACAAGUGCCCUAAUUCUCACAGUCAUAGAUGGUUUUUCAGUUCUUUCCUUAAAAUGGACCUGUCGCCAAAAUUUUAUGUCAAACCGUAGAAAGAAAAAUAAUGGUCUGUAUGUUGUAUUGAAAUUAUUCAGCAGCUUUUAAGACAUUUCUAUAUUUCACCCUAAUUGCAAUAGAGAAUACUUUGGACCGCCAUGCGAUCCUUCUCUUUCCUCCAGGUCGUUAUUCAAAAACUCCAUCAGAAUGUUGAGAGUCUGGUCCCAUCCUAUCUGUAGGUCCUCUCUAUCUCCAUCUACUGUCUUUUCUCCUUCUCACCAACACACUUCAAGUCACACCUUCCACCUUUUCUUCUGUUCAACCUGAUUGUCUCAUUUCAGUUUUGAGUCCCACCAUAUUCCAGCUCCAGGCCUUGAUUGCCCAGCUCAUUUUUCAUCUGUCCCAUUUGAGGUUCCUUCUCAGCACUAGCCCAUUCCAUCUCUGUUCCACUUUUUUGACUCAUUUUAGUUCUCGUUUUGCAUUCUUUUAGAUGCAACUUUAUUUAGUUUGUCAUUGGUCUGACCAUAUACCUGGCCUGUGCAAUGUUUCAUGGCCCAAACAAGGUGUAUGCACUACAAUGGCCUAAUCUGUCAUGGGCUCAUCCUGAUGCCAAGCAGCAAAGCCCCACAGCAUUUCUGCGAUAAACAAUUAUCCUAAACGAGUUACCCAGUGCAUUGGAGGAAAACUAGAGUGUUAGGAAUACAAAGCUGUAGUGUCGUUCCCAUGGUCAGAUUGUGUCAUUUAGUGAACGGACUAGCUCUUUCCAAAAACAUGAAAAAAUAAUAUUAAAUAAGUAGAAAAGUGGCCAACUGUUGGUUUUGGAAAAACUGUAAAAUAUAAAAUUUACCUUAAAAAAAGCAAAAUAAUUUAACAAAAAAAAGUCUAGGCACCAUAACCACUAUAUGCCAAUGUCCAUUACGCUUUAUCAAACUAUUUCGGAGUGGUUUGACCAAAACUCUCUGAUUCUGUCUCUGUGAAACCUACAGCCCAGCCCUCGCGUGCUGUAAUUUCUGGGGAACAGACCUGCUCUGUGGGUGCCUCAGAAAAUGUCUUGGUCAGACAGACUGCAUGAAAAUGGACCAUUGCACCAAUGUCUAAUGGCACCAUAAUAACUAUAUCGGCAUGUAGUAGUUAUGGUGCUGUUGCUUCUUUAUAUAUAGAUAAUUUAAUCCAAUCAAUCCAUGCUGAAUAACAGAUUGAUUAAUGGGACACCCCAGGGUGCAUUUCCUGCCAUUUUAAUGCAGUCUAUUUAUUUUUAACAUGCCUUAUAUAACACCCUUAUCCGGAGCCUGCUAUACGACAAUUGGCAAUUAUUUACAGAGGCGGUGACAUAUAUAUAUAUUGUAAUUAAAAUGGUCAGUACAGAUGAAAGCCUCUUAUAGCUCUGUGACAGUAAGUUAUAAAAUGUGCAUGCGUGAUGCCAUACACGGCUCAGGUAUGUCCAGUGUCACCACAAGUGGCGUCUUAUUCACAAACGAAAAAAGAGUCUUUUACAACAGUGAUUGGAAGCUUCUGGCCGAAGUCACAUUUACAAAAUAAGAAGAUAAGAGUAGCUGGACUGGAAAAUAAUUCCCAAAUACGUUGUAUCUCCAAUUUGGUUACUUUAAGAUCACAUUUCGGUUGACUACGAUUCACCGUGUACCUAACUUGGACCCUUAUACUAUUGCGGGAAAAGGGGCCCCGUCCCACAAUGAGACUUUAGGCUCAUUGCUCCAUGUUUAAAUAUAACAGCCCUCUCCAGGGUGCCACGCUAACCAGCUGCUGUGGCUUCUCUGUGGCAGGUCCUGUGGCUUUAGCCUUGCUCUGCAAAUGAAUUGCUGGUCUGGUAUAAAACAAGACAGCAGGGUGUAAAUUUGGCGUUUCUAAUUUCCAUUUAUUUUGCUUUAUACCAAAGAGGAAACAGGUGACCCAGUGGGCAGGUGGCUGAUGAAUGUUAACUAAAACAAAUGAAAUUUACUUACAUCUUCUUUCUGUUCAGCUAUGAAUAUUUCCCCGACAGCAGACAGAGUUAUUCCGUCAUAUCACAGAGUUAUUCCGUCGUAUCACAGAGGUAUACCAUCAUAUUACAGAGUUAUUCCGUCAUAUCACAGAGGUAUACCGUCGUAUCACAGAGGUAUACCGUCAUAUUACAGAGUUAUUCUGUCAUAUUACAGAGUUAUUCCGUCAUAUUAAAGAGGUAUACCGUCAUAUCACAGAGGUAUACCGUCAUAUAACAGAGUUAUUCUGUCAUAUCACAGAGGUAUUCCGUCAUAUUACAGAGUUAUUCCGUCAUAUUACAGAGGUAUUCCGUCAUACUACAGAAAGACAAUGGUCUUUGCUUGACUUUACUGUCCUUGUGCCUCUAUCUGACAGUAUUAUUUACUAAGGUGAGAAUUCAAAGUGAAUAACAAAUUUAAGGCUAUCGGGUUGUAACAAACGCCUUUUAAUGUGUCAGUCACUGAUAUAUUGUAUUUAAUGGUUUGACAAUCCUCAGCAGUCUUAGACCAUGUGCAGAAUCUCACGGUGUGCCCUCUACUGGUGAAGGAAAGUAGUGUUCUCAUGUGAUUAACUUAAAAUGUAACUUUAUAUAUUCCACGUCUCUUAUUGGGACUGACAUGGGUUAUUUCUCUAAAGUCCCUCUUUUAAAAGAACUGGAAAUACCCGCCAAAAUCAUGACUAUGGGCAAAAUCAGUGCAUAUUCUGUGCCCUGCACAUGCAUAGGUCGAAAUGGCUGGUACAUAAGGAGCGCUCUAUAAAAUAACGUUUGGUAUUCCAGUGAAUCCAUCCCCACAUCUCGGAAUCUUGGGGUAAAAUGUUGGCAAUAUGUUCUGAGCAGACUCCUGUUCACAUAAGGGGCGGACCUCCUGGAUAUACAGUUAGCAAAUCGUAAUGUAACCUAGAUUGUAACUGUGAUCCGUUUUAGGAAAACCACCCUUAAAUUAAAAAGAAAAGAAGGGUGGGAUUGAGAAAUUAUCUGAAUGAUGUGCUGCUGUGAAAUGGGGGUAUUGGGGUUCCAGACCCUCCCACACCCUUUAACAAAGUCGUUUUUCAGGGUUCGUUUUUUUAACUUAAAACAAUUGUUACUUACUAUACAAUGUAUUUGACAACGUGUAGGCAUUGUAUGUGCUUGUAGCAUAGGAAACCCAGUCCAUUUAUUGGAAACAGAACCAUCCAAGUGAAUUCCCAAUGUGGUUUUGCUAUUUAUUUGGGAGAUUUUAGAAUUUUUUGAGACCGAUGCUUUUUUUUUUUUACGCAUUACCAAAAAAGUGACCUCUUAAUUGUUUUAGCAUUGCAAUAUGUAGAAUUUCUACCUCCCUGUAACACAUAGCACUAAUAAACACAAGAUGUACGUGUGUUUCAAAUAUUCGUCUUGUUAUAAAUUGGCAUCCUAAGAAAUACUCAGCCCGCUGGUUUGUCCAUCUCCAUAACAUUGGAAGAAAUAUCUAUUUUGUGCAUUGUAAUGAUUACAAACAGUCAUAUCUAAUGCUGUUGAUCAUAUGUAUGACAAUAAUUCCAUACAGUCAAGAGAGAGACAUGAAAUGGGGGGGCGGCGUGGAGUAGUUUUUUUUUUUUUUCUUUACAAAAAUAAUUAUCUCAGUUUGUUAGGACAUAGGCCUGAAUUUAAUAUUUUUUGAAUACGCUUUUGAAGGAAUGUAAUAUUUUUGGAUAAACUUAUUUUUUUUUUAAAUCAAUAUAAAAUAGCAAAACAUAUAUCAUGUAUAUAAACAUGCAUACAAAAUAUUAACAUAUUAACAUAUUUUUCAAAAUAUUAAUUAAUUUUAAAAGUUUUUUCCAAAAAUAUUAAAUCUAUUGAAAACCUUAUGUAAAAAUUUAAAUUGACACCAUAAGCUUGUGACAAGCUACACUAUUUUAAAGGGUUAAGAGAUAAAAAACGACAUCAUUUUAGUCUCCCCUAAAUCUAAGAACCCUGUCCUCAUAACACUUAAUUAAAAUUAAGUUACAUAGUUACAUAGCUGAAAAGAGACUUGCGUCCAUCAAGUUCAGCCUUCCUCACAUUUGUUUUUUGCUGUUGACCCUAAAGAAGGCAAAAACAAGUUUGAAGCACUUCCAAUUUUGCAACAAGCUAAGAAAAAAAUUCAUUCUUGACCCCAGAAUGGCAGUCAGAUUUAUCCUUGGAUCAAGCAUUUAUCACCCUACAUAAGUUGGACUUUCACUGGACCCCUGAGUAGGUCGUAGCCACUGAUUCAGUCAAACCAUGUAGCACUGGUUCCAACCUCCGAGAAGUCACCUCCUCUCCCGACAUAUCAUUAUCGGGAGAGACAUCAAUUAAAAGAGCAGUAGCUGCUAUCUGGGAAUGUAACCUUUGCAAAUCUUAGACAGGCCCAGGACAUGUAUAUCCCAGAGUCAUCCUAAGAUUAAGGGUUCCCAUAUUGCAUAGUGUCAAUCAAACUGUGCAUUACGGGGAAAAAGGCAUAGGUGUCAUCAUUAUUGUAAAACAUUUACGUAAAAUAUAUGUAUAUUUGGCUAUUUACUAAAGUGAGAACUCAAAGUAAACUUCAAAUUUAAGAUCAGAUUGGCCCGGCGGGAAAAAUUGCCUAAGUCAGCUUUGCUCCGAAUUCGGAUAUAUUGGCGGUACAUUUGAAAUUAGUUUUGAAUUCAGUUUAAAUUCUCACGUUAGUAAAUAACCCUGAUACGUAUGAUAACGGUACGAGAGCGCUGAUGGGUCUUCAAAGCUAAGUAAGAGAGCCGUUUAAUCUAGGAAACUUGAUGAUACAGCCAAGUUCUGAUGAAAGUCCUCGAAUGAAGAUGGAAAUGUCACUACGUGAGCUGGCUUUAUUAGAGGUUCAUUACGCUGCUUUGAAGAGCCAUUGCAGCUCUCUUACUUUGUUCUGUAUAUUUGGCUGGAGAAGGCAUCAGAUUAUCUCAUUUCAAUUGGCGGUGCAUGGUGCAUCUUUGUAUUAUAUAUAUAUAUAUAUACCAACAGACAAAACAAAAAGUAAUGUGUGCGCUGAAUUUCUGGGUGCAGAAAUAGGAAAAAAGGGGUUAUUUUCCAAUAGAUUUCCCAUUUAUUUUUUAAUAUUAUUUAAAACAAGCAUCUCUGUAUUGAGUUCUGUUUUCAUGUUUUCUGUUUGCGUGUGUAAUAUAUAUGUUAUAACAUGUUUCAUGUGCUUGCAUAUACAGUGAGUCUGGAGUUUAUUAGGCACUUGCCCCCCCCCCACCCCCAUACUAAAAAGCAAUAGUGUAAAAAUCACCCUGUGUGCCUCCAGGCCAACAUACUAUAAGAUACCCCUGCCCCCCCUCUCCGUGCUCUUUAAAAAUAUAAGAAUCUGCAGUGACAAUGUAUCAGGGACAGAACGUGGGUGUAACGGGAGGAACAACAUUUGGCAAUCCCACUUACCUGCUGUAGGACUUCUAAAAAUCUACCGCUCUCUGCUUAGCGGCUUUACUAAAACACCUGGCAAUGAGCAAAGGGGGGUUGUAGAGGUAUUUCAUGAGAAUGUAUAAAAGCAAUGACCUGUUACACAGUGUCCAAUAACUCGGUAACGUGCCAUUUUUCAUCCACCGUAGUGAACCCUCCCAGUGCCUUGUGAGCAGGAAGCUGCAAGAAAAAUAAGUGCAACCGAAAAUCUCACCCCCACCCCCCCCUCGGCCGGUAAAAAAAUCAAGUCAUUUUAAAAAUCUCAAAAAUCUAAUUUUAGAAACUGGUUUAAUGUGGUUUUUAUUAUAUAAAUGUUGUGAAAAGCUCUUUAGCAAACAUGAAGAAUUGUGUUAUGCCUUGGCGCAUUCAGUUAAACCAACUGGCACAAGCAACCUGUACAAAUUUGGUGCCUGUGACUACAAAUCGAAAGACUCUCAUCCAUUCAGGUUUUGUUCGGUGCCGUCAUAGGGUCCAUACCUAUUUAGAAGUGUAAGAGUUUUUAAAUUUUUUUUCCAAAACCUAAAAAAAGUGUUGCCACAUCCACCAUGUUUUCUGGGACAAACCGGACAUUUCAUCAGGUUGAUUGGUAAUAUAUGGAGGCUGCACUGUAUUAUGUAUAAUGUAUAUGCUAAAGGAUUCCUGAUUGAUUUAACACCUGAUUUAUCAUCUGCAGCAUUUGAUUUCUACAUACUACAGGGCAGCACUUACUGUAUGUUGCCCAUUCAUUAUGUGUCCCAGAAAACAUGCUGGAUAUGUUAUCCCUACCUAAACUAGGAACUGACACAAUAAAAAGUAACUCUUUAUAUGUAGCAGUAUAUAUUAAUAAAUUCUACUUUGCAGAUUUUUUUUAGAGGUCAUAGCCUUUUAGUAUAAAAAAUACAGCAGUUAAGUUGUAAUGUCCAUAUCCCUUUAGUGUAAAAUAUAUUGGGUUUAUUUUGUAAAUUGCCCCCCCUCUAUUGUGAGCUGCUGUGUUUGCAGAGUGGGCCUCCCAACCAUCCUGAUUUUGGCAGGACAUUUCCGAUUCCAGGUUCUCUUUGAACUUUCCCCAAGAAGCAUAGUGCAGGUGCAUAAUUUUAGGGCAGAGUGUACUGGAGGUCUGCCUUUUUGGGUGCAGCCAGUGACAUAAUUGUAUCACUAGCCUGCCCCUUCAAUCCUCUCCCACUGACGUACUACUUCUCAGGAUGCCAGAGUUGCUAAAUACAGUUGCAAGAAAAGGUAUGUGAACCCUUUGGAAUGAUAUGGAUUUCUGCACAAGUUGGUCAUAAACUGUGAUCUGAUCAUCAUCUAAGUCACAACAAUAGACAAUCACAGUCUGCUUAAACUAAUAACACACAAGGAAUGAAAUGUUGCCAUGUUUUUAUUGAACACACCAUGUAAACAUUCACAGUGCAGGUGGAAAAAGUAUGUGAACCCUUGGAUUUAAUAACUGGUUGAACCUCCUUUGGCAGCAAUAACUUCAACCAAACGUUUCCUGUAGUUGCAGAUCAGACGUGCACAACGGUCAGGAGUAAUUCUUGACCAUUCCUCUUUACAGAACUGUUUCAGUUCAGCAAUAUUCUUGGAAUGUCUGGUGUGAAUCGCUUUCUUGAGGUCAUGCCACAGCAUCUCAAUCGGGUUGAGGUCAGGACUCUGACUGGGCCACUUCAGAAGGCGUAUUUUCUUCUGUUUAAGCCAUUCUGUUGUUGAUUUACUUCUAUGCUUUGGGUCAUUGUCCUGUUGCAUCACCCAUCUUCUGUUGAGCUUCAGCUGGUAGACAGAUGGCCUUAUGUUCUCCUGCAAAAUGUCUUGAUAAACUUGGGAAUUCAUUUUUCCUUCGAUAAUAGCAAUCCGUCCAGGCCCUGAUGCAGCAAAGCAGCCCCAAACCAUGAUGCCCCCACCACCAUACUUCACAGUUGGGAUGAGGUUUUGAUGUUGGUGUGCUGUGCCUUUUUUUCGCAACACAUAGUGUUGUGUGUUUCUUCCAAACAACUCAACUUUGGUUUCAUCUGUCCACAGAAUAUUUUGCCAGUACUGCUGUGGAACAUCCAGGUGCUCUUGUGCAAACUGUAAACGUGCAGCAAUGUUUUGUUUGGACAGCAGUGGCUUCCUCUGUGGUAUCCUCCCAUGAAAUCCAUUCUUGUUUAGUGUUUUACG